UUGGGAGUGUUUGAAAAAUAUCUCCACUACCCAGCCAUGGAUGCCAUGUUCCCUUGAACAGACAACUUUACAAAAGACUGAACGCUUAGAAGGCCUUUGGAGUUGUCCAGCUUGGGCAACUUUCAUGGCGAAACCGGUGGCGAUUUUUCACAAAUGUCCUUCAUAUGCUAUCCCAUGGGCGUAUCGGGACAAUCCCCGACGAGCCACCGUGGCUAUUCGCGCCUGGAGCAGAUGAAUGCAAUUAACAUAGACUCAGACGAUCUGCCUUCAGACACACGGAAGGCCCAAGUGGUUAUUGUUGGCCGACGCCCACACAUCACGUCCCACUGGGCAAGCCUUUGGAUUUUUGAUGAUGGAAUGAUAUGGUCUGUGGAGUUGUCGGCAGUCGACCGAACCAGUGGAGCACGUUGGGUCUCAAACAAUUACAGCAUGAAGCUUUUGGUGGCCGACGUGAAGGAGGAAGGCGAUCAUAACUCCGUCAGGGUUCGCCAACAAGUUCGAGAAACUAUGAACCGGAUUUGGCCAAGUGGAAGCGCUGAAACAAGAGAGUUCCUCUUUUUCAUUGAUGCGGUGCUUUCGACAGAUGACCCAAAGCAGGAGUUUCAAACAGAGAUGGACUGCAUUUGGCCAACGAUAUCAGAGACUGAUGUCAAAUGCAUGGCAAAGGUUCUCCUCUUGACUUUUGGACACUUUGCUGGGUUGCAAGAGGAUUCUGCCUCAAAGAUGGCCGGAGCAGCCGACUUCCUUUGGCCACAAGUUGACUUCCAGGCAACAAAGGAAGCCUUUGAGCGAGCCAUCCAUUCGGGAGAGCCACAUAAGAACCUGAAGAACACCAUCGAAAGAGCACUAGAAUCCAGUUACCUACACUGGCCGGAUCUGAGCAACAAGCAAAGAGAAAGGAUCGAACAUUUCUUUGGGCACUUAGUAGACACUGUGCAGUCUGGAGAGGAGUGCAGAAAGUGUUUCCGAGAAGCAUUGGACAUUUUGUGGCAAGUGGAUCCCUCCUGCAGCCGCAGAUUGGCCGAACGACUUUUGCUGAAGUACUUGGAUGACUUUGGGUAUGAGAUCCUGGACACAGAUGGGCCGAUCUCGUUAAGGACAUCGCUUUCGGCACUCAGAAAAGCUGCGGAGGAGAAUCCAAUGAUCGGGUCACGUUACGACCUGCUCUUCAACAACUGUCAGCUCUACCUCAUACAUCUCUUAUACGUGCAGUAUGACGUGGACGGAACCCGACUCCCUUGGAACAUCGGUGCACUUGUCGCUGGACCUGUAAUGCUGUUUAUGGAGGUUGUCUUCAUCGCAGUGUUCUCACGGCUGUCACAAUUAAGGAUGCCUGUGCUCACCUGUUGCUUUGCGCUUUCCUGGAUCGCGGUAGAAGUGUGUUUCGCCUUCGUUUAUGCCCUGCGCACAAACUCCGGCCUUUUUGCGGUGCUUGGGGCAACCAUUUUGACUUUUUUGUGGGUUGUAUUCCCAAGCACUUCUGUCUUGCUGCUGCUUCCAUCUCUCAGCUUGAUGUGGGACUUGACUGUGGUGAUGCUGGCAGGAACCGCAAACCGUGUCCAUCGCGAUGGUGGCCUGAUACUGUUGAAUACUUCAAUCACAGCUCUGUGUUCAGGUGCCUGUUUCCUGAUCCUGUGGCAUUGCGGCUGGCCCAUAGAAUCAUUCCUGGAUACUUUCAUUCAAGUAGGCCUUUUAGUGCUUAUGACCUUUCUGAUGUAUCUUCUCCUCCGUUGCUGGAUAGCUCUGGCCAACUGCGGUCCUUGCGGUGCGAUAACAGCAAUAGUGAUUUUGGUAAUUUGUAGUCUUCCGGUUUCACCACAAGCCUUAUGUGCGGCCGGCAUUGGGUGUAACGCAGAGUGACCGUGACCUUUGGUCUUGGGCUGAGGGUAUGUUUUUGCAGGCAUUGCACGUUGCAGGGUUUUUUAUUCUCUUGCUUUGGCGGCAGAUUCGCAAUUAAUGUGGCCAGCUUGGCGGGCAUUGUCUUGAGCUCUGUGGACCUGGAUUCUAUAUGUGGAUCUAUCCGAUGGAAUGCUUCAGUUUAUUGGAGCUUUGCAUACAAUAGCUCCAUCCUGAAUGAUGUCAGCCAAACAUGUUGGAAUUUGUGAGGAUAAACAAGUUGAGCAAGCUGCCAGCUACUAGCCAGCUAGAAUUCCUUGUACUUGUAAAUAACUGUAAUAGGUCACUGAUUUUUUUCUUCAAUGAUAUGGCAUGUCAGGUCGCAUCAUGCUGCCCUGUCGCAGCUUGACCAUUCUAACAUCCGCCUGGUUCGGUCUUUCAGUUGUUGUCACUGCGCCAGUGAGGCUCUCAAUGCUUGCCACUGGAUUACAGAAACUGUAUGUUUUGGCACAGUGCACUGCACUUAAUGACACGACAGCCAAAAGACCAAGGCAAGCUGGGCCAAAAAAUGCCUCAAGCUCAAAACAGUUGCGAUUGGUGUAGUCACAUGAUAUCAGUUUCUAUCAGGUUCGUUCAUUCCCGGUCGAGUGCCUUUUACGGUAGGCGUUGACCAUGGAUGGCUGGCGCGAGCGCAUCCACUUUCACAAGCUCAACUUCCGUGUUCAGCAAUGAGUGCAGCCAAAGCAAGACUCCCGU